CGCAGUAUAUUGACCCCAGUGACCUGGAUGACGCACGCCUGCACAAUUCGAUCCCAUCUCCAGCGCUCUUUCAACUCGCGGGCGGACCUCCAUUCCUUCCCCCCCAAGCGCUCAGUCACUGGACGCCCCCAGCGGCGAUUGCAGGAGGCCACGAACAGUCAUCCUUCCAACCAGUGUCCCAUCCACCUCGCACGAGGAGUCGAUCGCUUCCUCCAUGGCCUACCUCCGGCUCGGCUGCCUCCCACCUGUGAUCGUUGUGCUACAGCUCUCGACCCCUCGGCGGGAAGCAGUGUCUCGCAUUUGGCCAAUUGUCGUCAUCGCGCAGCUCUAUGGACCACCGCACAUGAGCAGUGUACUGUGGUUCUUCGCGACAUUUGUGUGGAAGCGGGCAUUGUCACCAAGCUCCAUCAACAGGGACUGCGACAAACCCGGACCCACGUCCCUCAGCACGGCCCCACCAACAGACACAUGGGCGACCUCUGGCUUCUGGACUUCACGACACCUGGAAUGGGCUGCAGCGGCAGCCCCGUCGGACUUUCUGCGCUCUCCGGCCCCGCCCAACAGAAGAUUUCGGAUCAUCGCGCCAGUUAUGGCACCCAUCACCCGCCGAAGGCCUUUCUUCCCUUCACUGCAGGUACGGAUGGUCUUCUUCAUGCUGACGCUUUGCGGUUUCUCUGGUACCUGGCGAAUCACCAUGGAGCUACGCUGACAGCGGAGUGGGAUGGAUGCGCUCAGGAGGCGGUGUAUGGGGACCCUGGCUUUCAUCGUUUGCGUGCUCGCCUGUUUCGGCAGACCGCUCUC